CCGCCUGCGGGCGGGUGGCGGGGGAGCCCCUGCCCGGCCCCUCCGCCUGAGGAGAGACCCCCCCCCGCCCGCCCCGCCGAGCGCCCCUGCAGCUUGGGGGGGGCCGCCGGGGCUCAGGCCUGAGGCGCCGGCCUAACCGGGGAACAGCCGCCCAAGCCUGGCGGGGGGCUCGCCCUUCUGGAGGGGCGGACCCCAGCCCGUCCCGGGGUAGCGCCCGAAGGGCCCAGCGGUCCCCCCUGCGCCCGGUGGGAUUCGUGCCCGUGUUGUAAGGGGACCCCCAAAACUGGGGGCCAUUUCCCUCCAAGCCUAGACUGUUCUCCCGUCUCUCAGGGCCCCCCGUCUUCUCCUGGCGUUAAUAAUCCAGCUGGGAAGCGCCCCUGCCUUGCAGGGAGCCGUCGGGAUCGAUUUCCGCGUGAGAAUCCCACCCCAGGGACACUGCAAGCUACGGCAGAGCAUUUGUGAGGACUGAAGUGUCAUUCUAAAGCCAUUUUAAAAAUCAUGACGAGCUCAGUUGGACAGAAAAAAGGGUCUUCAAGGCAACGGAAGUGUGGUUUUUGUAGGUCUAAUAAAGAUAAUGAAUGUGGGCAAUUACUGAUGUCUGAAAACCAGAAGGUGGCAGCACAUCACAAAUGUAUGCUAUUUUCAUCUGCAUUGGUAUCUUCACACUCUGAUAAUGAGAGUCUUGGUGGAUUUUCUAUUGAAGAUGUUCAAAAGGAAAUAAAAAGAGGCACUAAACUGAUGUGCUCUUUAUGCCAUUGUCCAGGAGCAACCAUUGGUUGUGAUGUGAAAACGUGUCACAAGACAUAUCACUACUACUGUGCAUUGCAUGAUAAAGCUCAAAUAAGAGAGAAACCCUCACAAGGCAUUUACAUGAUUUUAUGCCGAAAACACAAGAAAACUACACAUAACUCUGAAGCAGAUUUAGAAGAGGGUGUCAAUGAACACGAAUUGGAGCCUUUACCUCCCAAAGGAAAAAAGAGGGGUCGGAAGGGAAAGCCAAGAAAAACAAAUCUUAAAGGGCAGUCAGAAGACACUAGAUCUACAUCCUCACAUGGCACAGAUGAAAUAGAAAGCAGUUCCUAUAGAGACAGGUCUCCCCACAGAAGCAGUCCCAGUGAUACAAAACCUAAAUGUGGAUUCUGUCAUGCAGGUGAAGAAGAAAAUGAAGCUAGAGGAAAGCUUCAUAUAUUUAAUGCCAAAAAGGCAGCAGCACACUAUAAGUGCAUGUUGUUCUCUUCUGGCACCGUGCAGCUAACAACAACAUCAAGGGCAGAGUUUGGUGAUUUUGAUAUUAAAACUGUACUCCAGGAGAUCAAGAGAGGGAAAAGAAUGAAAUGCACUCUUUGCAGUCAGCCUGGGGCUACUAUUGGAUGUGAAAUUAAAGCCUGUAUCAAGACUUACCAUUACCACUGUGGAGUACAAGACAAAGCUAAAUACAUUGAGAAUAUGUCACGAGGCAUUUACAAACUCUAUUGUAAAAACCAUAGUGGAAACGAUGAAAGGGAUGAAGAGGAUGAAGAAAGAGAAAGCAAAAGCCGUGGGAAAUCAGGCUCUGACCAUAGCAGCAUUCCUCAGCAGCAACUCAAUGGAAACUAGAAUAUGAAAAUUUUUCAGCUGCGUGGAAGGGUUUCAGAAUGCAAAAUGUCUGUCACACUGCCUAGAUUAGGUUCUAGGUUGCGUGCCUCAAACAUGGCCUUCCCAUGAAAUAAAGGCACUUUAUUGUUUGCAACUACUGUAUUUUUGGUUAAGGAAGAAUGAAAGGUACAAUGGGGUAGAUUUGCCAAUAUAAUCAUUGUAUUUUUCACUGAGUUCUAAUUCACAUUGUGUCAAUUGUUGGAUUUAAUAUUCAGUCUAAUAAUUCAUUAUGGAUAAAAUCAUUUAUCUCUCCGCAUGCCACUAGCAACCAUAACAACAGUAGCAGAAGAGCAAGUGGCUGACUAAACCAUCAUUAAUUCAGAACUCAUGGAAACUAAAAGUCAAUACCGAAAGCGUUUUUUGUUACAAGCCUCAAAUUCAUGUUAUAAUUUACUUCAUCUUGUCAUGUAUGCUGGGUAAAAGUGCCUUACAAUGUAAGAAUUGUAUUUAUAUGUUCCCAAGUAGUAUCACUUGCUGGGGAGUAAUUCUGUCGUGGUGUUAAUAUUUAGAAAAAAUGGACCUCAGCAGUGUAUUUACUGUACAUCUCCGAAGUUCUUAACUGUAGCUUUAAUAGGCAUGGAAAUGUAUGACAGGUAUACAACACUUACACUUUUUAAAGACAAAAUACUGCCAUUACUGUCUCUUUAUGUGCAUUUUAGCUUGAAAUUUUGGACGGUUUGUCUUUUUUGUAAAGCAAUGUAAUCUUUUGCAAGCAUAUAUUGAAGAUUAUUCUGCAGCAUUUACUGCCUUCCCAGAAGUUAGAAGAAAUGAACGUGCUUUAUAGGUAAAAUAGACUUGUUUAAAUUAACUAGUUAAAUUAAUAAGGUUUAUUUGUUCCUGGCAAUUUUUUUUUUAAAUAGGCAGCUUUUGCUUUCAUCUCACGAUCGGAAAACAAUCUUGAAUUUAAGAACUUGUCUUAUGAAACUGAUUUAACUGAAUUUAGUUAGUUUAGGCCUUUUUGGGCAUUUCUUGCUCACAAGAACAGUGUGUCUCUGUUCAAGAGACUCAUGGAACCCUCCUAUAAUGGAAGAUUUUUUUCCACAAAAUAAUAUAUUAAAUAGUUUCAUAUCAGCAAAGGGCUUGCCUUUAAAAAGAUCCUUUCUACUGCUCUUUUCCCAGGGAGUGCUGGCAGGGCCUGUAUACCUGAGCAGUUGCAGGAUACUAGCAGCUGGGGGAGGAAGGGCUCUAGAAGGCUAUUGGUAAAAUUCCCUGAGACUCUGGCUUAUACACGUCUGAAGAGGUUCUAGGUAGUGGCACAAAGUGGCCACAAAUUUAUUUGUGAGGGAAGCCUAGCACCAAUGUAGGUGACACUGGCUGGAAAGGGGACGUGGGUAUUGUGGUUAAAGGGUUCACUAAUUCAGCAGGUGUUUGCCAACAGGAGAACCUCUUCCUAGAGCCCUGGUGGGAGUUCCACUUGCCAACACCCUAGAGGGCAGCAGUGAAUAUACCGCUUACGACACAAAGAUGAAUCUCCCUUGCAUACAAGCACUUUGCUGAUUUAGGGAGGUAUAAUUACACCUCCAUGUGCCAGCUUUGCUGAAUUUGGCCCUAAAUCUCACCUUCUAGUACAGUGGUUCUCAACCUUUCCAGACUAGUGUACCCCUUUCAGGAGUCUUGAUUUGUCUUGCAUACCCAAAGUUUCACCUCCCUUAAAAACUACUUGCUUACAAAAUCAGACAGAAAAAUACAAAAGUGCUUGCUUUCUCAUUUUUACCAUAAAAUAAAUUACAUGUAAUGUAAAUAUUGUACUUACAGUAUAUAGAGCAGUAUAAACAAGUCAGUCUGAAAUUUUUAGUUAGUGCUUUUAUAUAGCUUACUGUAAAACUAGGCAAAUUUCUAAAUGAGUUUGAUGUACUCCCUGGAAGACCUGUGUGUAUCCCCAGGGGUACACCUACCCCCAGUUGAGAACCACUAUUCUAGUGGACAGCAGCUCGAGCAAGACCAGCAGCCAGGAAUUGCUUCUUACUGUUCCAUAUAGGAAGGAGUAACUUCUCUUAUACUAGACCAGAGCAGAGGAAGUGGUGAUCUCUUCCUCCCCCCACCCCCUGGAAAUGUCACACUUCUCUGAUGUGAUAAUUGCUAUACUCCAAGAAGAUCAGUAAAGUUGAACCAAUAUUCUAGUGGAAUUAACCUUCAUUAUAAGCACAGUGAAACUUAACUAUUAGAGGACUGAAAGCAUAUUGCAACAAAUAGUAACUCUCCUUCCAUUUCACUAUAAACAGGUUCCACCAUAGUAAUGAUGGAGAUUAACAGAGCACAGCUCUUGAUGUUAUAUAUACUUGCUGAAGCAGUUUCUAUGUAUGCACACUCAUUAGUCAGCAGAGACAUCUCAACCCUGAAAAGAUUCUGGAGGACUGUUGCUUAUUGAAAAGCACUCCGAUUAGACCAGCUUUAGCAUACAUUUACAUCAGAUGUCAAGACAAGGAAUGUAUAAAGAGGGUAAACACAUUCCUAUCUAUAAUGUAUAUUUUGUUCCUGUUAUAUUGGCUUUACUUCCAAAGUUGUAGUUUGCAGUAUUAGUUUUUUAUUGGUAUCUGCCUAUAUAUUCAAUAAAUGAGUUAUGAAUUUCA